UGCAUGUAAGGGCUCCACAGAGCAACUGCCACAAGACACUUGUGGUGGCGCAGCAGGGGGAAAGACCAGCACUACUGCAGCCAGCUCCCCCUUCCAAGGUGUCUUGGUGGUGGAAACUCUAGGACACAGUGGCUCAAUGUCAUGAGGGCACAAGUCUGCAAUGAUGCAUCCUUGACACUUCCAGAAGGGGCGCACCAAGUUCCCAACCAAGGAGAAGAGAGCCGAGAAGAGACUGAAGCAGGAGGUAGGUGUGUCUUGGAGGGAGGGGGUCCAUGGGCAGAACACAGGGUCUCCCCUUCCCAGCUGGAUGCCUGCAAUCAAGAGACUGGACCUUUCCUGCUCUGGCCUGACCCCUUUGCUUCAGUGAAGAAGGCCUCCAUCAGAUGUGACCAGGGCCUAGAAGUACAGGGGGUCAUGACCUUCCUUGGGAUAUUCUUGGAGGAGAUCAAGAGGCUGGACAUGGUGAUGGAGGAUCACCUGAGGAAUAGUAUCAACCUCCAAAAAAGAAAUGAGGUUGACCCUCCACGCAGAAUCCGCCUGAUUUCAUCCCUCAGUAGAGCUCCUGGACAAAGAUCCUCGGUCCUCACGGGGAUGGGUGAGACAUCCCGGGGCCCAUGGGCCCCAACAGGUCGGUGUGCCCUGGGAAAUAACUCUGACACUGCCCGUGGGCGUGAGGAUCGCAUUCCUGUCUGGCGUUCAUCUCUGCACGGGUCCCAUCGUUCUUGGUUUUGCUGUGACCAUAGAGGAGGAGGUGUGGCCCUCACUGUCCAUCUGAUGUCUCUUAAGGCCUCGGUCACUCUGCCAGAUUCAAGACAGAAGCACUUGAUGGGGAAGGUUCAUGCCAAGGCUUACUGAGAGCAGAGAUCCUUUUCAGCUGCCCGGCUCUGAGAAUUUCAACACACUUUGGAUAUUUCAAAACAGCUUCCUGUGUCUGCUCUUCAUAAACUCACUUCGAGAUGUGUACCUGUGCACCUGCCUGGGUGUAGAGAAUAAAAUGACCGACUAUGGAGAUGGGCCCACGCAGUCACACUAACCUUAGGAGCUCUCCUCACAAGGACACCUGAGUGAUGGGAAUCAGCACUGACCAAAGGCCCCCCUAAUCUUUUGAUCUCUGAACAUGACUGAGCUAUUCCUGCCUCUUUAUAGGCCUUUGUACUGGGAAAAUUUGCAUGUGAAUUUACAUACCCAUUUUCUCUAACAGAAAGAGAUGCCGGCUCAGCACAGUGGAUAAGGCCUCAGAGUAGGUAGUUCAGGGGAGUGUGGGCCUGGGCGCUCCAGAACACUGGGAUUUGGGGGAACAGCCAUCUGUCCGCCGGACAUUGUGCCCACAACUGGGUGGUCACGUGGCUGUGGCAGACCUGAGCCCGUGGGUCCCCAGGACCCUGCCUGGCCCCGGGCAUCCGUAACGGCCCCAGCUAUUCGCAGGAGACACUUCUCAGUGCCCCGGCCAGUGUCUUUCCCCACCCGCACACGCUGUGAGCUCUUGUCACCACUAUGGGAAAAUAGUAAACAAAGAGUAAGUAGCCCAUGGGGUGAGCGUGAGUGUUCAUGUGUGUGUAGCAAUACACGAUCAUUUCACUACAUAAAAAUUGCCGAACAAUCCUGAGGCGCAUUUUUUCACUCAGAACUUGCCCAGUCAUACUUCAGCAAAGCCAAAUCCUAAAACAAAUAUCUUCACUACAAAAUGAAAAGGUGGCAGUAGAGAGUGGGCAUGAGAGAAGGACAAUGUGAACGUCAGUUCCCACUUCACGUCACAUAACUUUAUCUAUCUGCGUUAGUGGUGCGAGGCAGGUCCUAACGCAUCCCAGGGAAUAGGAAGACACUGAGCCUUGAAGAGCUGAUUAUUUUUGAGGGAAGUACAUGCACCGAUAUUAGAGAUGGCCUUGUGUUACCUCCCAGGCUUCCUUUGUGAUUUCCCUGUUUCACUCAUGUAGGAAUCGUGUAGGAUCAUCAGGUUUCUAUGUAGCGAUUUGUCUAACAUUAACAGU